CAAAUUUUCUUCCCCCGUGCUGUUCGUUCCCGGCGCUGGUGGCUCCGUUAAUUAUUUUGCAGGAAUCGGGUGAAUUGCAUACCCGCGGAACGCGAUGGCUUCCCAAGCCCCAGUACGAGUGUCACCAUUGAUCAAGGCUGGCCGGUGGUCGGCACUGCUGGUAGGUGUCCUGUACGGGUCCAAGCACUACAACACGCUGUCAAAGCGCGAGGUGGAGCUGCGCGAGAUCGAGGCCAAGCAGAAGGUCGUCCGCGACGCCCAGCUGGCCAAGGAGCGCGCCGUACAGAACAGGGAACAAAUGCUGUAUCUGGCUAAAGAAACCGGCACGCCUGUCCCCGCGGAUUUCGACAAACAGUACCCAGUCUCAAGCUAAAAUAUGCCUGCAAUACGUGUUGCCGUGUGCGUGAAUGUACUACAUCGCUGGUCAAUAUAGGUAUCAAAUAUG